ACGGUCAAAGGUCGUGCUUCGCAUCAUGGUGGAUGAAUCCGAUGUUUCCACUGUCGACGCUGUUGAUAUUGUCCUAAAAUUUGGUCUCUUCUUUGGAGCAAUUUUUCAAAUUGUUGCAAUAUUGUCAAUAAUUGUACUACCAAGAAAAACAUCAGAUCAGGAGACUGCUGCAAAAACUGAUAUCGAUAUUACAGAAGGAGUUCAGACAUCCCAAAGCCAAGUAAGAAGACUAAAGCAAGAAAAGAAGAAGAAGAAGUAAAAAUAAAAAUCAUUUAAACAACUUGAAACCAUGGCGAAAUCUAGAGCUAAAUCAAGACACUCAAAGUCGAAAAAUACAGCAGCAUCUUCUAGUAACAGAGGGAGACCCAGUGGGAGAAGCCCAAAAGGAAAAUCUAAAUCUGGACGCAAGCCACUAGAAAUUAAAGUUACAAGAGCUAGAGGUAAGAAAGAUGCUUGGGAAUCAAGGGCAGUCUUCUCUUCCAACACAUCUGGCACAAUGUUCAGGAGCAUCGGGGUCAACACAGAGCCUGUUGAGUUUGCCGCUGAUGUAAAGAUGCCAAGGCGAGCUAAAGUGCCCAAGAAUGAGCCAUUACUACAGAAGGUUGUAACCUAUAUGCGUACCUUCAACCAUGCUAGAGCUCUGAGUGCCCUACUAACUAGCCCUUCUGUUCGCAGUGCUCUUCCAGCAGUGGUAGAAGUUGAAGUACGCAAAGAAGUUCAGAGGUUUGUGAAGAAACCCCUCAGCUUUCCCAGUCCACAGAUCGUAGCUACAGGAGACAAGACACAUCGUAUUACUGAGUCAGCUUGGGGACAUAUUCUGGCUGAAUUCAAAAAGGAGAUGCCAGUUUUCUACAUGUCAUGUAUGGCAGCCUUGGCUCCCAAGAACAAACAGUAUACAAUCAAUAAUCCUGACAGCUAUGAAUCCUCCAACAGAGGUAGACUUGGUAUGAUGAUGACCAUUCCAUUGUUUACUCGUCGUGAGCGUAAGUUUCAGUAUCUGUCCAGUCUUAUUGGAGGUCAACUCUGGCGUCAUGGAUGUCGACAGAGGAUUUUCCAUGAACUUUAUCGUCUUGGUGUAAGCCAGAGAAGACAUGGAUCUAUGGAUGCUGCUAGAUGGUUAGAAGGAGAAACCACAAAAGGAGACAGAAUUAUGAAACAAAAAUAUAAGAUUAUGGAUGAGGUAGAAGCUUUACAGAAUGGAGUCCUGCCGAGUGCAGAGCGCUAUGAAACAAGCGAUGACGAAGGAAGCAGUGAAAGUGACGAUGAUGAGAGUGAAGAGGAGGUUGAGGAGUCUAGUGAUGGAGAGAGUGAGGAAGAUCUUCUAGAAGAGAGUGAUGAGGAAGACGAGAUCAUGGCCAAACCAGAGAGGGUCAGAGGUCGUGGUAAGAGGGGUCAGCAUCAAGUGGUGAUUGAAGAAGCAGUGAUGGAAGAUAACUGGCAAAAUGAUGCUAAAGGGAAAAGAAGCAGCUCAGAAGUUGUCAUCUCUGAGAUGGUGAAGAUUGCAGAACAGAUGUCAGAGACAUCAGAGCAGAUGAAAUCUUCUAUGAAACGGAAGAGAAGUGCCAGACCAGAUGAGGUAACAGUCUUAUCACAGGAUAACAACCAGAUUGUCUUGCAGGUGAGCAAAGAAGGAAUGACAACUGGGAUACCCAUUUCGGAUGCUUCUUCAGGUUUGUCUAUGCCUAUCAUGGUGGAAUCUUCAGGUCAAGGAGGUACAAUGAAUAUCAACCAAGUUAUGAUGGAUGGUAUACCCACUCAGAUCGUCCAACAAGAAGUUGUUACUGAGGAAGAAAUGGAUCCAGAGAUGAUGGCUGCUCAGCUUUUGCAACAUGUCCUUCCAACAGAGAUCAUUACCACUACUCAGACCAUUCCACAGGAGGUAGUGACCUCCUCAACAUUGCAGACUGUAACUCCAGAGCAAGGUGUCCAUAAUGUAGUUACCAUCCAGGAAAGUCAAGAAGGACAGCAGACCAUAGUCACACAGAAUAUUGUUCCUCAGGAGAUAGUCCAAGAGCAAGUGGUUCAGGAGAUUCAAGGAGAAGAGAUCAUCCAGGAGAUUGUUCAACAGGAGGUGGUGACAGAAGGAACUUUGGAGGAAGGAGCAACAGAAAGAGAGGUUCUACAGAGUGAGAUGGUACCUACUCAGAUCAUCACUGACAUGGGUGAUGGAGAAAUGGCUACUGUUGUUGUAACAACUGAAGUUGUCACAACAGAUGAGGGAGGGACGACACAAGUCCUUAUGGUCGCAGAAGAUCAACGAACCCCAGCUAAGAGGCCUGCAGAAACAGAACCAGAGUCAGAAGGCAAGCGGAAGAGGAAAAUAAGAGCUCCUUAUUCGCCUUGAUAGAUUGUUCAUAAAAUGGGAUUCAUGUCUAUUUUAUUAUAUUUGUGUAAUUUUGUAAUUAUAUAUCAGUGCUAAGAUGCAGUGUAAAUAAGCUUUAUUUAAGAAAGAUUUUUAAGAUUUAAAGAAGGAAACAAUUGGAACAAGUAAGAUGGUGUGAAAACAGGAAAUCAAAGAAUAAAAUGAAUGAGAAUUUGAGAUAAAUUGGAUCGAUGAUGAACAUAAUUAUAAGAAUUUUAUUGGUGGAAACAUUAAUGCUUAAGGGGAUCUCCAAAAUGCAACCAAGACUAGUAAUGCAAUACAUGAGCAACACUUGCCUUUGUAAAAAUAAAUCUUAUUGCUCAUUCUAAUGGUAGUACAAACUCUUUGUCCAUAAUAUAGGCCUACAUGUAUUAUAACUUCUUUACAUUUCCUGCAAUCAAAAGAACCUCAGAUAUACUGAUAAACCGUAUAAAGAAGACAAUUUAACUUUGAAAUAUGUGUGUACAAAAGUAGUAGGAAAGUUGUAUGUGUAGCAUCACACAUCUUGUUCACAUUGCUAUUAUAGGAGGAUCUCCAUAGCAUUAUUGAUUUUAACAUUCAGGUGCUCAUAACUUUCUUAUAUUUCUCCAAUUUUUCUUAAACUGUGAUUUUUCUUUGAUUUUCUGUUUCAUGCAGUUCAACUGAUUUCAAGGGUUUCAUUCUUCUUUGAUGUUUUUAUUGAACUCUAUUUGAUUUACUUUCUCUUUCUUAAAUACCUAUCUGUAUGGAUUACUUCCACAUGACUUAGGUACAAAUAUUGCUACCAUCACUUCCUAUAAUGAGUGCUCACUUUUCAGUUAUAUUUUAUGUUCCACAUUUUAAUAAAUUUAUGAGUCAUGCAGAUGCCAACAUGAAUACAAAUCCUGCUAUUGAAAAAAUGUAUAUUUAUGAUGGGUUUUUGUUACUGGUUUGAUUAAAGCAUUUGUUAACAUUGAUUUGACUAAAGUAAAACUAAACUACAUUCUUUCUGUGAAAUAUUGCACAUGAAAAUCCUGACCAAGUGCUUAAAAAAGGUAAAUGAAGUUACCAGAUAUACCAUCCAAAGUGUAUUCUAAAUACUGCAUGGGUUACAAUUACUCUCCCAGAAAAUAAAUUAGUUAUUUUUUCUUUUUUUUCAGGCAGAGAUAUCUUUUGUCUGCACAUUAGUUUUUUACAUAAGACCUUUGUAAUGUUAUUCUAUGUCUUUAACCAUAAGUGAUAGUAUGGUCCUGUUGGACAAUCAUUAGUUCUGGUAUGUAAAUUAUUUCUUGCUGUUCAAUGAAGUCAUUCUGAUUUUAGAUCAACCAACUACGUUCUUAAAGGAAACAAGAUAAUGUAUAAACUCUGCAAAAAAAAACUAUUGCAA